AUGAGGACGUCCACUCAGCUAGCUCAAAGCCCUCUAUGGAGAAUCUCCCCCGACACUCUGAACUUCGACCAACGGAUAGCGCUAACUUAUGCGCGAGUAAAGUCGAUCGUGAAAACUUAUCGCCUCACUAGGCAUGACCUUGCUACUGUGUCACCAAGAUACUGGGAAUUCCAUUCUGAUCCCAUAAUGAUGAUGGACUGUUCUGCCGGGACGCUAGUCACUAUUCAUUACAAUCUUUGUGGCGGGACACUUUCUAUGUAUGCCGGAGACAGAGAGGACGUGGCGCAGAUCUUAGAGAAGCUUUUGUCGUUCGAGCUGUCAGGUCAAUAUUGCCUAACUGAGCUCGGGCAUGGGAUCGAUGUCAGGAACAUGGAGACCACUGCUACUCUCCUGCCAAGUGGCGAGUUCGACCUUCACACGCCCACCCCAGCAGCUGCCAAAUACAUGCCUCCUACUGCGCCUUGCGGGACACCUGUCGUCUCUGUUGUUUUCGCCCGCUUAAUUGUAAACGACGAGGAUCAUGGAAUUAAACCAUUUAUCGUGUAUCUCAGUGAUGGAGUCCGGAUGAACCCAGGAAUAUCUUGUAAAAUUCUUCCUCCAAGAGGUGGAUCCAGACCUAUCAAGCACGCCUUGACGUAUUUCAACCAUGUUCGACUACCUGCCGCUGCACUGCUGGGAAACCUCGACAAACCAACCGACGUGCGCGCGGCAUUCUUCACAACCAUCUAUCGAAUUGUUGUCGGUGCACUUUCUAUGGGUGCUCUGUGUCUUUCAGUCAUGCGUAUGUCUUCCUAUAUUGGAGGGAAGUACAGCUUGCGAAGAACAGUAAUUGACCCCGUCACCGGACUUCCUCGUCCGAUCAUCGCUUUUAGCACACAGUCCCAGCCUGUGCUUACCGCGUUAUCACAAACAUUUGUGAUGGAAAAGAUGGCCAAGCACUGUCAUGGGCUUUUUACCGCCAAGACUGAGUUAUACGAGAAGCACUUCAUUGCGGCUGUCUUCAAAACAACCAUAAGUCGAUUCGCCCAGUCUAUCCCACUGAUUUUGUCAGAAAGAUGUGGUGUCCAAGGUUUGUAUGAAGCCAAUCAGCUGUCUGUACUACAUUCUGAUAUUCGAGGCGCUGUAAUCGCUGAGGGUGAUGUUCUUGCCAUAUCAAUCCGAUUUGCAAUCGAAGUCCUUCUAGGGACCAGAACUCCUCCGAAGCAUGACGAUGCUAACAGCCUUCUGUCAAGACAUGAGAUAUCGCUCAUCAAGAACCUCCAGGACAACUUGCUGUCUACUGUCUCUAGCUCCCGAGAUCCCAAAAUCGCUGGAAGGCUGUUACCGGCUUGUCAACCUCUGCUGGAAGCCAUUGGUCAUCGAAUGGCGUAUGAAAUCGCUGUGAAGGAAGGGAUAGACAAGGACAUUCUGGAAUUAUUCCUUGCUAGCGUUAUCAAACUUGACCAAGCUUGGUACAGCGAGAAUGCUGGAAUUACUCGUGAUCAACAGAACAAGAUGGAGGCUGAUGCAGCGGAACGCCUCCUGCCUCGUCUGGAAGACUUUAUUGAAGCUCUCGACACCAAGGAAUACAUCACUGCACCCAUUGUCUCCGACGAAAGCUGGAACCAGUUUGUGGACUCCUUGGAAACUCUCGAUCACUUUAGCCAUGGACGCUCUGCACAAGUUUCAGACUUCAGCCGUGUGUCAGCCCAUCUGUAG